AUGGCAAAAACCAAUACUUCCCAACAUUCGGGCCACAAACGUACUAGUAGCGCGGCCCUGUCUCCGCGGCUAACCAACAAAAAUAGAUACACACCAAUCGCAAAUCAUGAAGAUCAAAAUGUUGAUAACCUCGAAGAAGAGGACAUGGAUCUCGAAGAGGUAAAACAAAAAAUUCCUCCACUGUAUAUAUAUGAAAUCGAUGAUUAG